AUGUCUCGUUCAAUGAGCCUUGCCACAGCCGGCUCAUCAAUGAUGGGCAGACGUGAAGAGGUCAACGCACCUACAGAAGGUCACGCAAACGAAGAUGAAUGGACAGCCUCGCAAUGGAACGCACACAAACGUCCAACAUCAUCAUCCAGAAGACCAACCAAUGGCUCGUAUAUUCCAUCUUCAACAUACGCACAUCAAACUCCACCAAGAAGUUCAAUGAACUCGUUUGCAUCUUCAUCAUCAGCAUUCACGCCUGCACAUUUGAUGCAUUCUCCUUCCAUUAGCAGUAACGCAGAAGGCUUCUUUGGACGUGAAUCAAGAACAGAUUCGAUCGGCACUUUAUGGAGUUCAGCAGAUGUUCCUCUGAUGUUUGAUGGUCAUCGCGGUUCAGGUGGCGAUAAGAGUAGCUUGAUGGGCUCAGGCUCGGUCUCUAUGCAACCUUCUUCUAGCAGUCGUUCAGGUACGAAUAUGAGCCUUCCUCGGGGCAUCUCUUUCACAACUUCAUCGUCAAAUCAAACUUUACACGCAUUCCAAAGACCUUCAGAAAUACCAACUUUGCCGACUGUUUCUGACUUUGUGAAGAAUAAGGAUCAGUACUCUUCUGAACCACAUGAAUUACUCUUAUCAGAUGAUGGUCAAGAAUUCAUCGCUGUUCCUACUUACAACAAAGGAUCGGGAGGCAGUAGACCGUCAACAGCUAAAACGGUAACCAAUGCCAGCGAAUCUCCCUCUUCAUAUUUGCCUAAUGGAUGGACUGUUAGCGAUGAAGAUCCGAUCGAAUCAAAUGUUGCGCUUCUUCAACAUCCUGGAUCACGGCCCAGCUCCUCUGCCGGACCCUCUCAUAAGAAACGUCCGGCACCACUUCAUCUUGCUGAAGUAUCUUUUGGUAAAAGUGCUGGCUCAACAACUGACCGGUCACGCAUGGCAACGGAUGUUCCCCUGUCGGUAAGCCAUGGCAGUCAACUAACAGUAAAAAGUCAAAAAUCCAAAAUGAAAGGAGUAAAUGAACAGCAACAACAACAAAGUCGCAAACCGCCUAGUACUUCACCCGCAACGGCUUUACCCCGUAGAAGUCCAAAAACAAAUUCUGCCGAUUUGUACAAACAUGCAGAGCGUUUCUUUGAUUCUUCCUAUUCAAUGGCGCCUUCAGUGAGCCCAAAUGUGAAUGCAAAUCUCGCUUUGUCAAGUCCCGAUAUGGCUCGUUUAUCUAGAUUCUCCGAUGAUUCUCAUCUUACGUAUGAAGAACAGACAAAUUCAAUCGGCCCGAUGGAUCAUACAGGCCGACAAGCUUUAUCGAGUGCACGAUCACAAAAUUCACAUAGCUCUGCUGAAUCUUCCAAUACCCCUGAGAUCGUUGAACAAUUCGCAAAUGCGGCAACUUUACAAAUCUUACGUUCUGGAAUCACGCAAGAAGCACGAAAUGCAACAUUGACAUACAUGAAUGGCCAAAGGACAACAAAGUACGGUUCUGAUGAAGAACAGCCAAUGACACCUUUGCGUGUUGCAAUGUCGCUGGCAAAUCCUGCUUCACCUAGGUUGACGGAGCAUCAACAAAAUCUUGCUUCUAUGCAGCAAUCAUUGCAUCCUUCCAUUCAUUCUGCUCGCAGACCUUCGACAACAGAUUCAGCAAUCCCAUCCACGCCAAAAUCAUCACACAGACCAAAUGUUCGACAUGCUCAUACAUCUUCUGAUCAAGAAGUGUUGAGACGAUUACGUGAAGAAGCAGCAAAAGAAGAAGUCAUUCCGCCUCUCCCUGCUUCUACAGUACAAAAAGUAGAUGAUAGAUUGGCAUUCUUACAUGCGCCAGCAACACAACCAGCACCUCUUUCACCAAAAAGAGGAGGUUUACUCGGUCUUCGUGCUAGGGCUGUUUCAACGCCAAAAUUACGUCAAUCUAGAGGAGGAUCACAAGAUGGCAGUGGAUUAGGACCAAACAACAGUCUUCAAGCUGAAAACCAUUCAAGGCCAACGAGUAGCAGUCGACCUCAACAUCCACCACAAGCACCUAGUGGUCGAUUUAGGUCAAUGACGGUGAACAGUGACACGGAACGUUGUGAUUCGAUCAGCAGUGCAAAUUCUGUCAAUCAGAAUGGACAAAGAUUGAGCGUAAUGGGAUCCGAUGAAGGUUCUUUGCAUACUCCAGGUCAACAACCUAAAUUACGUAGACCUUCAACUUCUGAUGCUUUGUCUGCUGCUGCCCGUCGUCUGCGUCGUCCCAGUAGAAACGGAAGCAAUUCGAGCUUAACGACACCGUUGAAUAGUGGUAGUCAAAGUGUUGUAGAUGUUAGUAGACAACGUGUCGGAAGCAGUGCAAGCUCUCAAUUACAAGCAGAUCUACGUCACAUCAGCAGUAAUGCAUCUUUACGUCCAAACUCACGCAAAGCAAAAAGCGGAGGAACUCCAACGAAUGCAACAAGACCACCACCAAAAACAAAAGGUGGUUGGGCUUCACACUUGGCUCAAGGAUUGACGUUGCAUAUCGAACAAGGAAAUAAGAAGAUUGCAAUGCGAAUGAAUUAUCAAUACUACGAUCCAUUUGGAAGGCCAGAAAGUCUUUGCACAUCAAACAAUGUAGAAGAACAUUCUUCUCAACGAAGAAGUAGUAAUGGCCGUAUCCGUAGUUCAUUCAGUACAGCAGCUGGUCAGUCGUCACGUAACGGAAGCAUCUCAGUAUCGAAUGAGGACAACAGUGACGAAGCAACCAUGGGCGUUUUGGAAUUCACCCCAGACGUUCCAAGUCCAGGCCGUGAAGGAGCGCACAAUCACUUGGCCUUUCUCUCGUCUGAUUCUAAGGAUGCAGUCAUUUUGAAACACUUGACGAUCGGGGAAGAUACAAAAGCUGACCUAAUCACACGUCAAGCAGAUCUUUCCCUCAGAAGAAAUGGUGUUCAUGAAGUCUCUGGAAGUGAGCGAAAGGGUAAAGUAUCUUGGCGAUUCGAAUUCUCCAUCGAAGAUGUGAAGAGACAAGGAAGUGGACCUAUCGAUAAUGCAAGUACGCCAAAGAUGGACAGUAAACCGUUCAAUGAAACUAUUGAUGGCAUUAAACUUUUGCGUCCGAUCAAAUUUUCAUGCUCGACCACUCUUUUGGAUCCAUCACGAGCACGUAAAUCUCGCGUGAUCAAUAUGAUUCGCAAACAGAUUGGCUCGCACAUUGAGUCACAUAGCUUUGGAAGCAAUAUUGAAAAUGGCGAAAGUGAUUCGAGCGCUGUUUAUCAAUCUGGAACACCUCUUACCAUGAACCAAUCUGUUGCAUCACUGUCUCCACCGCAAACAUCACCUGUGGCUUCUUCAAAAAGAUUGGAAGCACCUCUUUCGCCUAGGAGUCUACCCCGUAACCGUCAAGGAUCAACGUCAUAUGUCCGUCGAGCAGAAUUGCCGACAAACUUUACCACAACAGCUCCUUCACCUGUUCGUAAUGUGUUCAACGGUCACGUCGAACAACAUUCUCCUACGCAGGUCCGUUCUCCUUUACAUCCUCCAAGCAGUAUCGGUAGCUCGGCAGGUGAACUGGGAAGCAGUUUGGGCAACGAAGAUCAUCAUUUAGCUGCUUUGCGUAAUGCAAGUGUGGUUAGUACAACUAGCAGUGGAGCUGGUUCUGCGACUUGGUCUCCCGCGAGUAGGCUUGUUCCAUUCAAAGCAAGACGAGCAAUCGUUGAUCCUUCCAAGCAGAUACAAGAUAGACCAAGCAUUGGCGGACAAGAGGGGAAUGCAAAUGGAUUAGUGACUAAUGCAGGAAAUGGAGUACAACAAAGAUCUCCUUUGGUCAUUGGAAGUUCCUUAGAAUCACCUUUGGCAACCAGUAUUGAGGCAAGUCCAUCACCUGGAAAAUAUGUUCGUGAGCUAGGAUCGAAUGGCAAGAUGCAACCGAUCAAAACAUCUCAUCAACAACAUUUCCCACGCAAACAUGCUCCUCCAUCCACUGCUUUGGGUCUGGAAACAAACUCUUCCGGCAACCGUACUGAAAGCAAGGAGGAUUUCUGGUACGAAGAUUCGAAUGCACGUCAAUGGGCAUCGUCUCAGUCACGUACACAGUCUAGAAGACUACGUGCAGUAACAUCAGAAGGUAUUCAUGAAGCGCAAACGUUGGAUAUUCGACCUCCAACGGCUUCAGAAGAGAUCAAGAUGGCAUACUUGAACAACUCCACCCGUUUACAUACAGCAGAUUCAACUGCAUCUUCGAAAUCUCGAUCACGUCAUGGUGGAAACGGAAGCGGACAUGGACAUAGCCAUAGCGUUUAUCAAACCCCUGAAGCUGUGACGAUGGAUUCGCCACCACGUAGAAUGACUUCUGCUUCUAUUCAUCAACAUAAUGACCAAAACAAUCAACAAUCAAUUCAACAAACACAACAACAUGAGAUUCCUUCUUCGCCUUUAAGUAAAAAAGUUUUACCUCCAAUGCCUUCCAAGAAAGGUCCAAUGGCAAUUGCCUCUAAAGCUGCUCGUGCUAUUUCUGGUUCGAAUUUCAAGCAGGGUGCAACGGUAGGAUCGAAUGGUAAAUUUGAUCCACCAGAAGGACCUUAUUGGAUUUGA